AUGUCUACUGAGCUUAUAGCAUUGAUUUCUCAUGGCACAUGGAUUUUGGUUUCAAAAUCAUCUAAUGCUAAUGGUGUAGGCAACAAGUGGAUAGUCAAGCUUAAACAUAAGGCAGAUGGGUCUGUGAAAUUAACAGAUAAAUCGUGCUGGAUGAAGCAAGGGAUAAAAAAGAAGGCUGCAAACUUGCAACUAUUAAGGGGCUCGCACUUACCUAAACAGAAGGGAAUGCAGCAGCAAGGAACUCCUCGUCCUCCAGAAAAGGUUGAAGAUUAUUGGAUCUCAUCAAGAACUGAACAGCUUGUUCAUCAAAAUUCAGCAGGAAAGCCAACUUGA